AUGCGUUUCAAACAGUCUGUUAACAUUAUAUUAUUUACGCUGCUGCUGGGCGCGGGACUACUGUCAUUUUUUGUGAUAUUAGCGGGGGCACGGACCUCGACCGUUCUUAAAAAGUUCUACUGGCUAGAGGCAGAUACUUCAGGGUUUAAUAGUGCACCAAGCACGACAAGAUGGUUCGCAUACAACUGGUGUGGUGUUGAAGACGGAAAUUUGCAGGGCUGCUCUUCGAACAAGCCUGCCUCUCCUUUUUCUCCCAGAGACAACUUUGGGGCUAGCGAUAGCAUUCCCAGUUCGUUUGUUAAGCAUCGCGACACAUAUUACUAUUUGUCGCGGGUGGCAUGGGCGAUGUUGCUCGUGGGACUGGUUUACAUUGUUGCAGCUCUGAUCCCUGUCGCAAUAACGAUUUUCUCCACGUCUGUGAUAAACUCUUGGCUGGCGGUGAUGGCGUUAUGGCUGGCAGCUUUUUUCGUGACGCUGGCGGCGUGUCUAUACACAGCCUGCUACGUGAAGGCGCGCGGGGUGUUUACAAGUAACAAUCGGAACGCCAAACUGGGAGUCAAGAACUUUGCCUUUAUCUGGACCAGCGUUGCUAUUUUAAUGGCUUGUGCCAUUUGGUCGUCAGUCGUGGCUGUUUUCUUCACUACCAAGAGGAUUUCGCGAAGCAAAGGUCAAGAGUCAGGAGUUUCUUCUGACACCUACGGAGGUGACAAGACGACUCUGGAGACUCGCGAACGUGGUACGCGCGAGAACGCUGGAAAUCAGAACUACAGAUUUUGGAGGAUGCGGGUCAAGCGGAGACCUCGCGACGACGCUUUCGACAUGCAACCGCAGGUUACGGCCUCAGAAUAUGACAGCGAGGGCUUUCCAGUAACCCGGUCGUGA